GCUUUGAGCUUUAAAUUUGUAUCUUUAUAGUCGAUGCAUCACUGACAUGCUGCUUAGUGAUGUCAUAAUGGCAGUGGUCAUAGCCAGUGAGAUGACAGCACAUGCUGUUCUCUGCUAUGGUUCUGAGUUAGAGGCAACCAAGAGCACUCUGGUAACAAUGAAAGGUAACAAGCCUGUCAGCUAAGCUCAAGUGGACAUGUUCUUUCACAGUUGUCAUUGGGCCUUGAGGGGUGAAUUACAACUUGAGUGAUGACUUUUGUGCAAUGAGCUGGAUUAGGAAUUGGAAUUUGAUCACUGCUUGGAUUGAAUGAAACGGUAUAUUUAUCUGAGGCCAGGAAAUAAAUGGCUCUGAUUAUUCAUCAGCAUGGUUACCUGGUAAUGAGUCAUUGUGGCAGGCCACAGCUGUUCCAUCUAGCCACCGAAAUAACCAUAUCAGGAGACACAGUAUAACUUCCGACAGUGGAGACACUGGCAUUGGCACUUCCUGUUCUGACAGUGUGGAAGGUUAAGUGCUACUGUCAGCAUUGGUUGGAAAAGCUCCCCUUUUUUUGCAGUAAAUGCAGAGACCUAGAACUGGUCAGACUGUGAGGAUAAGGGACUGCUAAAUGCUCAGCCAUAAAUAGCAGUUCUGUAUCACCCACAGCAAGGCUUGUGGAUACAGCAGAAGAUGGGUGGAAAGAACGAGAGAGCCAGACACUGCUCAGAAUCUGACAUCACCAUUGCACUCUUGAUCUCACAGCAGUUGUGGUUUCCAGCACAAGACCUGUGCAGGACUGUGCCUGCCAACAUUCUGUCAUGGGUGGGGACAUGAGCUCUCCUGCCCAGGUCCUGUAGGCAGAUCAUUCAACCUCAAGCGGCACGCUCUCUUUCAAGCCUAGUAGGUCCCUGCUCACUCUCCCCACUGCCCAUGUGAUGCCAUCCAACUCCAGUGCUGCAGGUCCCAAACACAGGGAGACUCUGACAUCGGAUGGCUCAAAGUGGAGCCCAAGCCUCAUGCAGACCCUGGGAGGCCACAGUAGAGGGGAGCUGGACUCCUCUCUGGACAUGAAGGACCUCAGGCCCCUACGGAAAUGGUCAUCUUUGUCCAAACUUACUGCCCCAGAUAACUGCAGCCAGAGUGGCAUUGUAUACACGGAGGAGCUGAGGGAUGGCUUGGAAAAGCCAGGGAAGGGCAAGGCGCUCACAUCCCACCUAAGGACCUUUGGGCCGAGUUGCUUACAUGACAGUAUAGAGAUGCUUAAGCUGGAAGACAAGGAAAUAAAUAAAAAGCGGUCAUCAACUCUGGAUUGCAAGUAUAAGUUUGAGAGCUGCAACAAAGAGGACGUGAGAGCGCCUUCCUCCGCACUCAGGAGACAGACCUUAGACAUGACAUACAGUGCCUUACCUGAGAGCAAGCCCAUUGUGACAGGCUCAGAGGCUUUUGAGUCUCCAAAGUAUCUAAUGCUCGGGCAGCAGGCUGUAGGGGGAGUUCCCAUUCAGCCUUCUGUGAGGACUCAGAUGUGGCUUACAGAGCAGCUACGGACAAACCCCUUGGAAGGCAGAGCCACAGAAGAUUCUUACAGUUUAGCUCCAUGGCAACAGCCGCAGGGUGAAGAGUUUCAACAAGGGAGCGAAACACCAGUGCAGGUUUUGACUGGGUCAUCUCGUCAGAGUUACUUACCUUCUGGCUUUCAGGAUUUCAGUAAGUGGGAAUCAGUGCUGAAAAUAAAAGAAGGACUUCUAAGGCAAAAGGAAAUUGUGAUUGAUAGGCAGAAGCAACAAAUUAACCACCUACACGAAAGGAUAAGGGAUAAUGAACUACGGGCACAGCAUGCCAUGCUCGGACAUUAUGUAAAUUGUGAAGACUCUUAUAUCAGUAGUUUACAGCCACGGUAUGAGAGCAGUUCAGUCCAGACUCCAUUUUCAGAGCAGUCCUUGUCCCAUUCCCAACAAGAAGAACUUGAGCAAAAGCUAGCGUCUACCGAGAAAGAAGUUUUACAGCUCAACGAGUUUCUCAAGCAAAGACUAAACCAAUUUACUGAAGAGAAAAAGAAACUGGAGGAAAAGCUGAAAACCAGAGAUAGAUACAUCAACAGCCUGAAAAAGAAAUGCCAGAAGGAAUCUGAGCAAAACAAAGAAAAGCAGAGAAGAAUUGAGACCUUGGAAAAGUACCUGGCAGAUCUUCCAACUCUCGAUGACGUGCAGAGUCAGAGCCUGCAGCUGCAAGUUCUUGAAGAAAAAAACAAGAAUUUGCAAGAGGCUUUGCUAGACACAGAGAAGCAGCUUGAGGAGACUAAGAAACAAUGUCAAGACAAGGAAGUGCAGCUGCUGUGCCAGAAGAAGAAGGAGAAGGAGCUGGUGACAUCUGUCCAGAGCUUACAACAAAAAGUAGAAAAAUGCCUUGAAGAUGGAAUCCGCCUUCCCAUGUUAGAUGCAAAACAGCUUCAAAGUGAAAAUGAUCAUCUCCGAGAGCAGAAUGCGACUGCUAGUAAGAUAAUAGAGAGCCAACAGGAUGAAAUUAACAGAAUGAUUUUAGAAAUUCAGUCUUUGCAAGGGAAACCUUCUAAAGAGACGUUGACUGCACAGACCAUGGUAGAAGAGCUGGAAAGGAAAGACGGAAGCCUCCAGAGGCUGACAGGUGCAUUGCUGGAUAACCAAAGACAAACAGCAGAGACGUACUCUUUACUGGAUCAGGGCCAGGAAGCAGAGCAUUCUAGGCUGCAGACCGUUCAUUCUAAGUGGCCUCUCUUUGACUUGACUGUGAUUGAUCAACUGUUCAAGGAAAUGUCCUAUUGUUUGUUUGACUUGAAAGCAUUGUGCAGUAUUCUUAACCAACGAGCUCAGGGCAAGGAGCCUAAUCUCUCAUUGUUACUGGGAAUCAGAUCAAUGAGCUGUUCAGCCGAAGAGACUGAAAAUGACCACAGCCCAGAAACGCUCACCAAAAAGCUCUCGGACGUUUGCCAGUUACGGAGGGACAUUGACGAGUUAAGGACUACAAUAUCAGACCGCUAUGCUCAGGACAUGGGCGACAACUGCGUUACCCAGUGAUCACGUGCUGCCCCACGGCACCAGUGACUCAGUGUGAACCGCUGCUGUGUUGGAGGCCUUUGUCUCUUUUUAGGACGUACAAGGGAAAGGUGGAACUCCCUGCCCUGCACUUCAGCUUUGUUGUUGUCAUAUUUGCUUUCCUGAGGAAGUUUUGAAGGGACUGAUCAAAUCAGGCAAACAAUCACGUUACUAUUUGAAAAAUAAGAUAAAGCCUGCAAGAAAAAGAACAAAAUAACCUGUAUUCUCAGACUACUGAUUGUAGGACCAAGCUGUGAACAGUGCCCUUCAGAUAACCCUGUAGGAUUUCCUUUACUCCUCUAGUUUUGUGUUUAUACAUGUGAGUACUCAUUCACUCUUUCUCAGCCU